AUGAGAAAGCAUAUUGUAACAGAGCCAUACGACUUUUUUUCCUGGCGAAGAUUGGACCCGUUCUUCAAGCUUCGCAAACCCGAUACUUCUUUCAACAGCUGUCUCCAGUUUCUUAUGCACACCGACAAGCCCAAUCACACUAAACCCGUGGAUCCAAAACAGAAAAAGAAAAGAAGCUACUCAAAUCAUGAUAGACUUCAGUACGAUCCCAUCAGUGGGCGGAUGGCGCCUAUGCCUCCUGUUGCAUCGGAAUUGAAAAACACGCAAUCUGGCAGCUCACAUCAAGUCGGAGACUGCCUUCCUAGCCAUGAGAUAAAGGAAAACAUUGUCUCUAAUGCGGAAUUACUUAAGGAUGAGCAAUCCCAACCGAGAAAUGCCAAGUCACAGACUGAAGCUCCGCCAAACUCACAUUUGAUUGUUGAAUGCCCCCAAGGCAGCGAUCUCGAGGCCAAGUUCAUCUCUGAUCCUGCUAGUCGCUUAGUCGAAACACUUCAAUCUGGCUUAGAGCACCAAGACUCAUAUGGUUCAGUAUGUACUACUGACCGCCCACCGGAAAAUGAAAUGAACGCAAAAUUCUCUUCUAAAAUAACCAAUCCAAAUCAUCAGACCAGCAACACUAGCCACCAGGAAACUACCUCAUUCACACAAUCAGACUCUCACGCAAGCCUUGAGUGUUCUCCUGGUGUUGAGAUAGAAGCACAAGUCUCGCCUGAGCUGGCUAGUCAGGACAGUUCUGGGCCGAAAGCCCAGGUCACCGUUGAUUGUACACCCGAAAGCGAAUUGGAUGCAAAAUCCAUGUCCAACCCAGGGGUAAAUAUUGACGAGAAAUUAGAUUCUGCAACACCAGUCGAGCUGAAUAGCUCUAAUCAGGCUGAUCCUUCCAUCGAAUAUGCACCUGGAAGUAAAGUGGAAGCAAAUAUCAUUCCCGAUACGGCAAAGGCUGAGGGCUAUUUGGUGACUGAAGAUUUGGGCACAUUGCAAGCCAGUGAUAUUAGUGCUCAAUGUUCUUCUGAGGCGAAGACACAAUCCGCAUCCUCUUUGGAUUUUGAGGCUUCCAAGGAACGUGAAAGCAACUUGAUUUUCCAAAAAGAGGAGCUGGCCACCGAAGAUGAAAGGCCAACAUCAUCGGGUCACUCCUCUGUUGAAUUCCAUAUUCUUGCUUACGAUGCAUCAAAAUCUCGAAUAAUAACAACUGAAGCAAGCUCGUUCUUUGGAAUCAACGAAAGUGCUCAAUUAAGUGAAAUUUUGUCACGACUGCAUCAUCCUGCCAAAUUCUUACCUCAUUUCGAGAAGAUGCAGCAAGAUGGUUAUGAAAUUGCAACCGGAGGAGGAAACAUACUUGUUUUCCGAAAGAUCCAUAAUGCCUCGAGUCUGGAUACUUCAAAUAGCACAUGCCAGGCAAAGCCUAAAGAUCCUCAGUCUCUAAGCAACAGCCGAGCUGAGUCUUUCAAGCCACUCUUAGAAUCGAGCCAUGAAGGCGACUCGACAACAAAUCCCAAAUCCUUCUUUCGCAAAGCGGGCCGCAGAAUGCUCGUCGGAGGCACGAUCACCGCAGCAACUUGCUAUGCUAUCGGGGUCGUGACAGAGUUCUUCCGCACUGGGGGGAAAGAUGGCCGUGGAAUUGAUGGCUUCACUACAUUCGAGUCGGAUCGGCGCCUUUAUGACUGA